CAGCCCGGGCCGGGGGGAGCCGGGGUGCAUGUAGGAGGCCAGGCUGGCUCUGGCCGGGCAGAAGCGGGCCGUGGCUCGGCGUGUAAACGAGGGCUAAGAGGUGCAGGAAUUGGGGGGCCGGGGUCGGCGCUGUCCGGAGAUGCCGCAAGGGGUGGGGUCUCACGCCGCACGGGGCGGAGCCCUGGGACUCGGGGCGGGACGCGAAACACAGGCUGACCGGACCUCAGAGCGGGAGCCGGUAGAAGGCGGGGCUCGACGGCCAGGGGCGGGGCUAGGGAGGCCUGGGGGUGGGGCCUGGAGCUUGGAGGCGGGGCUGGAGUCGGUGGGAGGCGGGGCCUCGGGUUUGGAAAGCGAGGGGGCCGGAGCCCAAGCGCUGGGGGCGGGGCUUCAGCCGGUGAGUGGCGUGGCUCCAACCCAGGAAAAGGACGGUUCUGCGGGGGGCGGAGCUUCGGAGUCGGGGGCGGAAUUCUGUCCCCUGGAAGGCGGAGCCAAGGAUUCAAGCCCGGGGCUAAGCCAGAGUAAUGGCCAGGGGCGUCCACGCGGGGGCGGUCUCCGCGGUGGCCGGGCCUGGGGACGCGGUAGGCCUCGAACUCCACCUGGAGAGGUGGUGUGGGUGGAGCGGUCUCGGCGGCCCGCGGACUCGGGGCCCAUCUGGGUGCCCCGGAGGCCCCCAAGGGCUCAGAGUUGGGGCGGCGCUCCCGGUGGUGGCACCGGGCCAGGCUGGGGGGUACCUCCAGAGGAUCGGGGCUCCCCGGAGCCGCCUAGCGGGGACGUGUGGGUGCCUCGGGGCCGGCCCCCUGCAGCGGCCGCAGAGGUGUGGGUCUGCUGGGCCGGGGGCAGCUGGGUGUGGCGCGAAUGGGGCCGCUCGGUCGGGGCAACUCCUGUGCAGUCAGAUAGGGUCUGGACUUUGCGUAAAGGGACUGGUGGGAACUGAGGAGUCUCAGAGGUGGGGACAGGGAGGGAGGCAAAGGGAAGCUGUGGGGGUGAGCAGAGGGGCGGGGCCCUGGCUGCUGUGGCCUCCCCUGACCCCCUCCCCUCGCUGCUGGGGU